AUGAGUGCUGCUAGUAAUUGUGAGCUUGCUGUGAGUGCGGUUAGUAAUUGUGAGCUUGCUGUGAGUGUGGCUAGUAAUUGUGAGCUUGCUGUGAGUGUGGCUAGUAAUUGUGAGCUUGCUGUGAGUGCGGCUAGUAAUUGUGAGCUUGCUACGGCCCUGGAGCUUGUGUGUGAUGUUAGUAAUUGUGAGCUUGCUGCGAAUGCUGCUAGUAAUUGUGAGCUUGCUGCGAGUGCUGCUAGUAAUUGUGAGCUUGCUGCGAGUGCUGCUAGUAAUUGUGAGCUUGCUGCGAGUGCUGCUAGUAAUUGUGAGCUUGCUGCGAGUGCUGCUAGUAAUUGUGAGCUUGCUGCGAGUGCUGCUAGUAAUUGUGAGCUUACUGCGAGUGCUGCUAGUAAUUGUGAGCUUACUGCGAGUGCUGCUAGUAAUUGUGAGCUUACUGUGAGUGCUGCUAGUAAUUGUGAGCUUACUGCGAGUGCUGCUAGUAAUUGUGAGCUCGCUGCGAGUGCUGCUAGUAAUUGUGAGCUCGCUGCGAGUGCUGCUAGUAAUUGUGAGCUUGCUGCGAGUGCUGCUAGUAAUUGUGAGCUUGCUGUGAGUGCUGCUAGUAAUUGUGAGCUUGCUGUGAGUGCUGCUAGUAAUUGUGAGCUUGUGUGUGCUGUUAGUAAUUGUGAGCUUGUGUGUGAUGCUAGUAAUUGUGAGCUUGUGUGUGAUGCUAGUAAUUGUGAGCUUGCUGUGAAUGAUGCUAGUAAUUGUGAGCUUAAUGUGAGUGUUGCUAGUAAUUGUGAGUUUGCUGUGUGUGCAGCUAGAAAUUGUGCGCUUGUGUGUGCUGCUAGUAAUGGUGAGCUUGCUGUGAGUGCUGCUAGUAAUGGUGAGCUUGCUGUGAGUGCUGCUAGUAAUUGCGAGAUUUCUGAGUGCUGCUAG